AUGAGGACGACAACAACAACAAGUCGGCCAAUACAAAGCCAUACAACAACACAUGGCGUUCGCUUUAUCCAGAUCCUGAUAAUUUGUCUCCUAACAAGGGAAUCUCUGGGCCGCACAGCUGCCUCCAGACAAAAGGCUUUAGAACAAAUAUUGGAUAGUGGUGGUCAUGGACGAAAGGCUGGCGAUUCGGCGGGAGAGACUGAUGACGAUUGCGAUAACGCAGAUGGCAUCUAUCAUCGGCCACAUUUCACCAAAGGACGUUCGGUUAUGGUGCAAUUGUUUGAGUGGAAAUUUGUGGAUGUUGCCGAGGAAUGUCGUCGAUUUUUGGGACCCAAGGGGUAUGGUGGGGUGCAAGUAAGUCCUGGUCCUCGUGGUCUGUCACCCGUUCUGGAACACACAGUAAUUAAAACGGAUGGGCUUAAUCAUCCAUGGUGGCAACGUUACGAAACCAUUUCCUAUCGUCUAAGCUCGCGUUCGGGUGAUGAAACAGAUUUCUAUUCCAUGAGUCGCAUCUGCAAUGAUUUGGGUGUUCGGUUGUAUGUGGAUGUAGUACUAAAUCACAUGGCAGCUCCUUUGCUUCAGCUGCUAAACAAUAAGACCACGAAGGCAGGAGCCGGAUCAUCACCACCCUCCAAUGAAGCUUUUAUUGUCAACACAUUGUUGGCAACGGAUGUUAACAUAUCGCAAUCUUCAUAUCCUGAGGUACCCUACGAGGCGAAAGAUUUUCAUCGUUACUGUGCGAUAAACCUGGCCACAUCGAAUGCCCAAGAAAUGCGUAAUUGUCAGCUAAAUGGACAUCCUGAUUUGGAUCAUUCCCACAACACAGUACGCCAAUCGAUUGUGGCCAUGCUAAAUAAAUUUAUUGAUAUGGGUGUGGCGGGAUUUAGGAUUGAUUCGGCAAAAUAUGUUUGGCCAAUUGAUUUGAAGCUUAUUUAUGAACAGUUGAAGGAUUUGAAUACGGAAUAUAAUUUUCCGGCCAAGGCAAGGCCAUUUAUGUAUCAUGAUGUAUUCGAUAUGGGAUUGGAUCAGAUAUCGAAGUAA